AUGAUCAUAUCUAUCUAUCUAGCUAUCUAUCUAUCUAUCUAUCUAUCUAUCUAUCUAUCUAUCUAUUCACCCUUUCUCUUUCCGUUCUUCUUUUAUGUUUUCUCUUUUAUUUCUUCUUUCUUUUUUUCUUUCUUCUUUUCAACUAUAUUUUCUUUCUUUCAUUCUUACCUUCACUCUUAUUUUUUUCUUUCUUUCUUAACUUUUUCUUUCUUUCUAUUUCAUUUCUCUUCUUCACUUUCAUUUUUCCUUUUCACUCUUCUUCUAGAUUAUCUAUCUAUCUAUCUAUCUAUCUAUCUCUACACUCCUUCUCGCAUAGGUUUAAUAAGUAAUUAUCUAUCUAUCUAUCUAUCUAUCUAUCUAUCUAUCUAUCUAUCUAUCUAUGAGGAGAAGGAAGAUUUCUCUAACAUUCCUGUUCGUUCCUUUCUUUCAUACUUUCAUCUUUUACUUCCGUUGUCUUUUUUUUUACUCCUCUUCUUCUUCACUUACGUUUUGAACAUUUCUUUUGGAAUUUUUCUUUUUUUCCUCUUCUUCUAUUUAUUUUCCUUUCUCUUCCAUCUCUUUCUUCUUUGGUCUUUAUUCUUUCUUUUCGAUUUUUUCUCUUUCAAUUUUUUCGCUUUUGAAUAA